GUUAGCAACUUGUGGCUAGCUCGUAACCGAGGAAGGCAGUGCUCCACAAUCUGCUCCUCAGACACCACCCCGAGUCAAAGACUGUCGGCCCGGACACAAUUCGGCCCCUUUUGCAGUGUUUCCUCUGCAUUCUUUGAAGAGUGGUGCCCCCUCACUGCCGGAGCGCUGCCCCCAUGCUCAGUGAAGUCCAGAUGCAUGAGUCUGGGUCAGAACCAACAAGCCACAUCAUUCCAGCCAUUCAGACAGAAAACGGGAAUAACAGUGAGAAUGGGAGUCGAGUGAGGAGCAGCCAGACUCCUCCUCCAGAGGCACCACAGGUUCCAGAGUCAUUAUCCAUGAUGACCCCACCAGCAGAGGCCCCCCAGCAGUUGCAACAGACCCCACAGCAGCAGGUCCUCAGUCCUCAGCAGCUCCAAGCACUGCUCCAGCAGCAGAAAGCACUCAUGUUACACCAGCAACAGAUUCAAGAGGUCUUUAAGAAUCAGCAAGAGCAGCUAAACAUCCAGCUGCUACAACAAAAGAAUGCUGGGAUUGUUAGUCAAGAGCUGACAGCCCAGCAGAUCGCCAUCCAGCAGCAGCUUCUUCAGGUGCAGCAGCAACAUCUCCUCAACCUGCAGAGACAGGGCCUGCUGUCCGUCCUCCCCAGCAGCCCCAUUGCACUCGCAGGCUGUGAGACUGGCAGCAUCCUGUUGGCUGGAGACACCAGAGAGUCCUCCAGUCAGCAGUCUCCCGCCAACGGUCACCCCGCUCCUAAGAGGACAGAAAGAGGGUCACUGGAUGAAAACUCACAGAACAGCCACGCACUAUAUGGAAAUGGAAUGUGCAAAUGGCCCGGCUGUGAAACCGUCUUUGGAGACUUUCAGGCAUUUCUCAAACAUUUGGACGGUGAACAUACACUGGAUGACAAGAGCACCGCACAGUGCCGUGUGCAGAUGCAAGUAGUUCAGCAGUUGGAACUGCAGUUGAGAAAGGACAAAGAGCGGCUGCAAGCUAUGAUGGCUCAUCUGAAGUCCUCUGAACCCAAACCUGCAGCCCAGCCUGUGAACCUGGCGGCCAACGUGGCCUUCUCCCAGGCGACGUUGCCCAAGGGCUCGCCUCCUAUAAGUUUGUCUCAGAGUGCCACAGCGCCGUCCACACCCAUGACGCCGCUCUCUGAAUCCCCCUCGGUCCUCACUCCCCCCAGCAGCGCGUUCACCGGGCCCCCCGUGCGGCGGCGAUACAGCCGCUCGGUGAGCCAAGGUAACGAUAUCGUCGAUAAUAAGGAGUUCUACUUGAGCACAGAAGUUAGACCUCCGUUUACGUAUGCGUCUCUCAUACGACAGGCAAUCUUUGAAUCACCUCGCAAUCAGCUGACACUAAAUGAAAUCUACAACUGGUUCACAAGAAACUUUGCAUAUUUCCGGCGCAACGCAGCUACCUGGAAGAAUGCCGUCAGACAUAAUCUCAGCCUCCAUAAAUGCUUCGUCCGUUUGGAAAACGUGAAGGGAGCGGUGUGGACCGUGGACGAGAUCGAGUUCCACCGGAGGCGGCCCCAGAAGGCGGCCAGUAACGGCUCCCUGCUGAAAAACUCCCAGCACCAUCCGAGCGUGGCUGGGUCUGCUCCUCUGAGUGGCGGUCUAGACGGCAACAACUCCCUCUACAACCCGGCCUUUAUGGGCAGCAUCCCGUUUCACUCCCUGUCUCAUGUUCUCCAAGAGCAGAUGAAUGGAGCUCUAGCUAAUGGCUCUGGAUACCAAAGUGACAGCAGUGCAACACAGUCCCCUCCUCAAGCUUUCAUUAAAGAGGAGCAAGAGGACGAGGAGAUUUGUGAAGGUUAUACCUACGAAUCCCCGGAGAGCACGGACGAGCACGGCCACAGCCCCGAGACGCACCACGACGAAGACCACGGCAGCCCACAGAGGCCCCACCUCCACUUCAACAAAGUGCCUUCUCUCUGACCGGGAGGUCCAAGCGCCCACUCGCGUGACUUUGUAUUUCAAAGGUUUCUAAAAUGACUGCUUCAUCUACUUAACCCAACACUCUCUUCUUGGGGAUUUUUUUAUUUUUUUUAUUGGCAUUUUCUUUUCUUUUUUGUUAAUCUAGCUCAGAUUUUUCUGUAAAGUAGGAUGACAUCACAAAAAUGCAUCUUUUUAUGAUUUUUAAUUUUUUUAAGUAUAUAUGAAUAUAUAUAUAUAUAU